CCUCCCUCCUCUUCUCUCCCCUCCUCCACCUUUCUCCUCCCCUCUGUCAUUAGCCGCUAUAUAAGAGCAUUUGCUCCCCGUACCCCCCUCACACACACAGUGUGUUGGCUGGGAAGGGGACAGUCCAGGGGACACCAGGGAUUAUUAUUGUCUAUCUGCCUGUAAAGGAACUAUUUUCCUCUUUGGGGAUUCUAAUAAAAAGGAGACCAUGAGCAGCAACUACAGUGUCACUCUGUCAGGCCCCGCCCCCUGGGGCUUCCGGCUUCAAGGUGGAAAAGACUUCAACAUGCCGCUCACCAUCUCUAGGCUGACAGACGGUGGGAAAGCGGCCAAAGGCGGUAUCGCCAUUGGAGAUAUGGUUCUGUCCAUUGAUGGUAUUGCUACUGAGGGUAUGAACCACCUGGAGGCCCAGAACAAGAUCAAGGCCUGCACUGGUAACCUCAGCCUCACCCUACAAAAAGUCUCCAGUGCUCCCAAACCCCCUCCGGUAGCACCUAAGGUGGACAGAUCAGACAUCGUAAAACCCGUGGCCGUCACGCAACUGUCUUCCCCGCCCGAUAACAAGACCCUCCCCAGACCGUCAGAUCCUUCCUUGCAGUUUGCUGCCUUCAUUCCAUCUCCAUCAUCGGCCUUCACCCCCGCCUUCACCCACACAAGCCUUCCUCCUCCUCCCCCUUACCUGUGCUUGCCGCCUGUCGUCGUCCCGCCCCAGCCGUCCGUGUAUAACACACCAAUCCACCUGUACUCCACUGAGAAUGCGUGUGAGGUGGCCAUGGGGCAAAGGCGGGGCCUGUUGGAGAGUCAGGGCGGAGCUUUGCCGGUGCAUUUUAAUGGUGGACCUCACAGUAUUAUGAAAAAACCCCAGCCAGCAAGACCACCCAGGAAACACAUUGUGGACACAGACAUCCACUUCUACCACGUGCCCACUCAUGCCGAUGCCAGCAGGAAGCGCAUCAUGGAGGAUACAGAGGACUGGCGUCCACGCACCGGGACCACCCAGUCCAGAUCCUUCAGGAUCCUGGCUCAGAUCACAGGCACCGAGCACGCUCAAGAAGAAGAAGCAGCAGCAGACACAGCCAAGAAGACAAAUGAAGAAGAGCCAGAACCCAGCAGCCAUGAGACCGCUACUGUCAAGACGAUGAUAAAAGCACCCGCAGCAACCCACGGCGUCAGUCCCCAGUCUGGUUUAAUCACACCUUCCUUUGGUAUGAAAUCUAACGGCACUGCGCCCAGGUGUCCCGCCCCGGUCCGACCCGUGCCUCAGCCCCACCCUAAAGACGAGGACACGCUGGUCCAAAUGGCGGAACACUUCCCUGCCGGGACACGAACGCCCAUGUGCGGACACUGCAACAUGGUCAUCAGGGGACCAUUUUUGGUAGCCAUGGGAAAAUCGUGGCAUAAAGAAGAGUUUAAUUGCGUCCACUGCCACACCUCUCUGGCAGACAUAGGCUUUGUGGAAGAACAAGGUUGUGUUUACUGUGAGCACUGCUACGAAGAGUUCUUCGCUCCCACCUGCAGCCGCUGCCAGGCCAAGAUACUCGGGGAGGUGAUAAACGCCCUCAAGCAGACGUGGCACGUCUACUGCUUCCUGUGCGCCUCCUGUCAGCAGCCCAUAAGAAGUAACACCUUCCACCUGGAGGAUGGAGAACCUUACUGCGAACAAGACUUCUACAGUUUGUUCGGCACGGGCUGCCAUGGCUGUGAGUUCCCCAUCGAGGCAGGAGACAAGUUCCUGGAGGCUCUGGGCUACACAUGGCACGACACCUGCUUUGUUUGCACCGUGUGCUGCACCGCUCUGGAGGGCCAGAUCUUCUUCUCUAAGAAGGACAAACCUCUUUGCAAGAAACAUGCCCAAACACUAAAAAUCUAGCUUUUUUUUUAAACAAAACAACAACAAAAAAACAGAAUAACAGCUUAGCUUUGAAAAGAAGAGAAGACUUUUUGAAACAGAAGCACUAAUAUUUCUAAUAUAUUAAUAUUGGUGUAUUAAACAUACUUCAGGAAAUCAAGAGACAGGUUUGCAAUAUUACAUGCUUACAUUACAUUUUGAUAUUUUUUUGUUAUUAAUUUUACAGUAAUUAGUCAGCUAUUGUCCAAGGAAAGGCAACACUUUUACGUACACAAAUGAACAGGACACACAUUCUAUGUAUUUGAUUUAAUAUGCAUUUUUGUUUACAUGGGAGAUAUUAAAUAUGAGUCACAGAAAAAUGGUCAAUUUUAAUUGUGAGUACAUCGAAAAAUGUGGAAUAUGAAAGAAAAUAGAUUUUGCUUCAUGUACUAUACUGUACUUGCAACAAGUAUACAGUUGAAUUGAUUAUUUUUUUGCAUUAUAUGAUUUAUCUUAUACUGUACUAUUACAUUUGUUUGACUAGCAUUUUCGCAGUAGGUCCUAAAAACAGCAGAACACUCCCAUUAGGAGGUCUAGCUUGGCGAAGGUCCUUAAAAAUAAUUCUUAUCUUAACAAUCAAUUAUAAGCUUAGUAUAAUGUAUUCAAUAUGAAACUAGGA